CAAGGAAUUGGCACAAACGCUCAGGCCAUAAAAUAUCUCGGACAGGACUACAAUGAACUGAAAAGGAAUUGCCUGGAGUGCAGACAGCUUUUUCGAGAUGAAACCUUCGAAGCCAUCCCAUCCGCUUUGGGUACAAACUAGGACCAAGUUCCUACAAAAUCCGAGGUGUUUCCUGGAUGAGACCUACAGAAUUGUCCUCCAAUCCACAGUUCAUUGUUGCAGGUGCCACCAGAACUGAUAUCUGCCAAGGGGCUCUUGGUGACUGUUGGCUUUUGGCAGCCAUCGCUUCCUUGACUCUGAACGAGGAGGUUCUGGCACAAGUUGUUCCCCAUGGGCAGCGUUUUGAGAAUGACUACGCAGGCAUAUUCCACUUCCAGUUUUGGCAGUUUGGCGAGUGGGUGGAUGUUGUCAUUGAUGACAGGCUGCCAGUGAAAGAUGGAGAGCUGCUCUUUGUGCACUCAGCUGAGGGGACGGAGUUCUGGAGCGCCCUGCUGGAGAAGGCUUAUGCCAACACGACUUGGCACCUGCCCACACUGCCAGAAGUAACAGAACCUGGUUUAAUGACCAUGGUAUCACUUGAUUGGUCAGCAAACUUGCCUGACCUGAACCCAUAGACUCUAUGAGUAUUGUCAAGAGGAAGAUGAGAGACACCAGACCCAACAGUGCAGACGAGCUGAAGGCCGCUAUCAAAGCAACCUGGGCUUCCAUAACACAUCAGCAGUGCCACAGGCUGAUCGCCUCCAUGCCAUAUUGAUGCAAUUAUUCAUGCAAAAAGAACCCAGACCAAGUAUUGAAUGCCUAUAUGAACAUACUUUCCAGUCGGCUGACAUUUCUGUAUUAAAAAUCCUUAGGUUUAUUGGUCUUGUGUAAUAUUCUAAUUUUCUGAGAUACUGAAUUUGGGGAUUUCAUUAGAUGAAAGUCAGAAUCAUCAAAAUUAAAAUGAACGCUUGAAGUAUUUCACUGUGUGUGUAAUGCAUCUGUAUAAUAUAUGAGUUUCAACUUUUGAAUUUACUAAUCAAAAUAAACAAACUUUUCCACAAUAUUCUAAUUUACUGAGGUACACCGAUACUCAUAGUUCAAGCAGUGCAUUUGUAAGGGAGCGUGCUGCACAUGUCAUUAUCAACAGGAUUUGGAAAAUCAACCGAUGCAAUAGGAGCUGUAUUCCAAUUUAAGAAUGUCUUCAAGAAUCUCUUUAAGAAUCUCUUCAUACCCUUCAUGUGUUGUCAUUAAAUGUAACUUGGAAACAAGUAGUUUGUUCUGC